UAACACAUUGUAUAGGUUAUGUGUCUAUUUGAACCACUGACAAUCAAUACACUCUGUGGCGUCAGAGAACAUCGACAGAUAUUGGCGGACAUUCCCUCAACAUGAGGACAGCGCCAUUGAUUACGCUCUAGCUGAGCCCCCAUUGCAGUGAUUCAGGGGGUACCUCCUCUGUCAUGUGGGACACCUCCUCUGUUACCUAGGACACCUCCUCUGUAACCUAGGACACCUACUCUGUUACCUAGGAUACCAAUCUUAACAUUCAUCUCUUCCGUGUCAACUCUGAAGCGUCGAGCGUCGUGCUGUCGGAUCACCUUUGUCACUGGUCAUUUGGCGCCACCCAUCCCUUCAUCCAUCCAUUCUGCGUCUGGAGACCGUCGCUGUAAAGACGGGGCAGUGUUCCAGUACCCAGAUACAGCGGAGGCUGUCGGCAUCUUUCGCAGAAAUGUUGUCGUCAGGUCGACCCUCCACUGGGCAGCUGUGUCCACGGGGUGGUCAUCGUCUCCCGAAAAGCAGGGCCCACUACCGUAUCGUCGUCAUGGGGGCGGCGGCCGUCGGGAAAAGUGCGAUCAUCUCUCAGUUUCUGUACGAUAGAUUCGUGAAGGAGUACAAGGCCACGGUUGAGGACCUCCAUCGAGGGGAGUACGACGUGAACGGCAUGCACCUCAUCCUCGACAUCCUCGAUACGUCGGGGACGCAUUCAUUCCCGGCUAUGAGGAAACUAGCUAUAGCCACCGGGGACGCGUUUGUGCUGGUGUAUUCUGUGGACGAUGAUUCCUCUUUCUCAGCUGUGAAACAACUCCGUGACGAGAUCAUAGAAGAGAAGAACAGCGAAGACGUUCCCAUCGUCAUCGCCGCCAACAAGACGGACGUUACCGAAGAGCGGAGGGUUAUCGGGCGUGAGACGGCCGAGACGCUUGUAUGUAUUGAAUGGGGGAACGGUUAUAUUGAAGCCUCAGCCAAAGACAAUAUCAACAUUGUUGGCAUUUUCAAAGAAAUUUUACGACAGUCCAAUAUUCAAUAUGCCCUCAGCCCAGCCGUUCGUCGUCGACGUCGGUCCAUGCCGGCAGUGUUGGUACAGCGACGACAGCUCGAUCCUCCUAAAAGACAUAGUUGUUCGUUAAACUGAUGGAACCCCACAAAGAGCAUGUACGGUAUUCUACAGUUGCCAUGCCAUCCGUACGGACAUCCAUGUUUCCCAAAAAUCCUACGGAACUAUUUGUCUCAUCCAAUCCUUAUGCAAGAAAAGUGUUGCAAAGAUAUCCUCAUCGGUGUUCCAGGAGACGCCGUGACCUUCACCUUGACGUCGAGAACAGUCCGCGUGGCGUUUUUACACGCUGAACGUUGAUACAGUGACGACGGUGGGUUCUCUUUUACCAACCGAUACCCCUAUCAUUUGACUCGUUGACUUUUAAGUAAAACAUUCCUGCCUAAAAUUGUAUCCAUGUAUUGGAAGAAGAGUUUUUCGUGUAAGGCAGUAGAGUUGUCUCAAUUACGUCGCAGAAACUUUUUCAAAUUGCACUGACUGGUUCUACAACGAAAGUCAUUCAUACACCACGAACUGAAGGUAGCAGUUCUUGUAAAAUAGACUGGGAGUCCUUAAUUCCUGACUUUCUGUGCCUGUGCAUGUGUCGUGUGGUGUUGUAUGAUAGUUAAUAUAAUAUUGAUCACAUAAUUGUCGAUACCAUGAUGAUAAUAUAUACUACUCGACUUUUCAUAGGGACACAAUUAUACCAAAAUAUCCCUAUUAACAGGUGAGGACUAUAUGUUGAUAAAAUUAUGAUAUAUGUUGAUAAAAUGAUGUGAUAUGUUGGUAUAUCAUGUACAUACUUCUCUAUCAGUAAACGGCGUGAACAAA